GUCCCAUGAACAAACCAUAAAAAAGAAUGAAACAUUGGCUAGAGCAUUACUUGCUGCAGGAGCCGAAGGACUCCAACGGAGUAUCCUUAUUAGGAAGGACACAGAACUGAAACAAAAGCAGCUGAAAGUUCUUCAUGUAAAGCACACAGGUUUGGAGAAGAAGAGACUACAGCUUUCUUUGCCAGAGACAACUGAAGACAAGUUGGAAAAUGUUUUGUCAGGCGAGGAUGAUGAUGGUGAUAACAGACACUGCAAAGGUCUCGCAGAUUUAUUGGGAAAUGAUGGUGGGAGAAAAGAGACAGAAAUGGAGAAAAAGAUUCGCCUUGGUGAAAUGACUCCAUUUGGGGACUGUUUUAGGAAAUACUGGUAACAAAAGUGCGCCACGAGUGGAUCAGACACUCUCAGAAUUUGAAAAAUAUCUUGAAGCUCAGUCAAAAUUGCAGCAGACACAAAGGAAGAAAGUUCUGCUGAAAAAGAAAGCUCUCCGCUUAAAUUGUGAAGAGACAGCU